AUGAGCCGGUACGACACAAACACCUUUGAGACCGUUUUUGGAAGCAGAAACCGCGAUAAUGGUAGCAGGUAUCAAAAUACAACAAGAGGCAUCUCUAGCGACAGCAGGCCCUUCAGUCCAUUUCCACCGUCACAGCGGCAGUACCGGGCCAGCGUGAGCGCUGAAAUAAGGUCGGAGCCGGAGCCGGAGCCGGGGCAAAUUGAGCACAGCGAAGACAGGUUCGACCGAGACUUCAUACAAGGGCACGAGUCAUGGCAACCUACGAACAGUGUGCAUAGGGUCACCAUUCCGGACAAGAGUAGCGGGCUAUCUACAUUCCAGUAUUCUUCUGGUGUUGUGCUUGGGAAGCGAAUGGCAACCAGACAGGCACACAUGGGAAGCUCUUCGACACCCAAGACGCUUAUUGAUGACGCGCUACGGCAGAAGAGGCAGAGAUUCUUGGAGAUGGACGACUGGACCGGUAUCGGGUCCUUCGCUGCCAACAAGCCGCUCAAAAUACAAUUUCAGCAGCACAACGCCGAUGCUCCGGUUUGGGGAUGGAGCAAGCAGGCUGGACCUAUACAUCCCCCGUCACAGCCGCAACUGCCACAAUCACAUACGAGUCGACGACCGUUCCCAAGAGACAUUUUCAGUACAAGGAGCCACUCACCGCGGCACACUUCGGUAGAGGGAUACCGCAGUCAAUCGAGCCUGGACCUGCGCACCAGAACGCGCGACUGUGAAGGGCAACGUAAGGUUACCGUACCCGCCCGACAACCCAGUGGACAAUCUCAUGAAACAAACGUAAAAACGGGCAAUGACCGCUACCAACCAGCCCCUAUUGCAUUUGGGAGCAGAGAUGGCACGUUCGCCUCAUCGAAAAGCAGACCCUCUUCCAAUACCAGCAGUGGGCAAUCCCCAUUUCGUCUGGCUCCAGCCUCGUCGUCCAUCGUUGGAAAUGACCAACCUUCGGCACAAAAUCGGUGCUCUACGGACUGCUAUCUUCCUCCAUUAUCCAACCGGCCACCGACCAGCAUUCAUCCUUCUUUGUCGCAGAGACAACGAUGGGAGAAAAGCCCUUACUUUGUUGAAAGCCAGCCGAGCACACCAACGAAUAGUAAUAGAAUCACGACGCCGUCCUUCGUAUCAACUGGUAGGCUAUCGGUGGCCUCCGGGACACUGUCGGAAACGGAGCAGCAACGGUUCGAGAGCGACGGGCUUGCCAUUCUGUCGCCGUCCAUGUCAGCUCAUUUGGCUCGUAAGUCGAGCAGUCGCAGCCUCGCUACACCGCAGGCGACAGUUAGAGAAAGUACACAAAGCAUCAUACAGCAGACGUCUGAGAGUCAGGAUGCAUAUGACAGUUGUCAACAAAGGCGCGUUGCAUCUAAAGAGGCCUUGGCAAAAGAAGCUAUUGGACACGAGGCCGAUUGCCAUGUCGUUGGACAGGAGCCCAUCGAGCAAGAAUUCGGGGAACUUGAAUAUCAUUUCGAUGAGGAUGUCGGACACGAAAACCUCGACCGUGAGCAAACACCUGAAGACUUUCCUGGCGACAAAAAUGACGAGCAGCGAGCCGUGGAUGAUUUCCCUACUGUUCAAAAAUCACCAAACAUGGCAAGCAUUCCGUUCGAUGCCAAGGUAGACAGGACAGCGUAUGUGGAAGAGCUCACACGCGCUCAUGAGAACGGCAUAUUCGAAGCGAACCGGGUCAAUAUUCGAGCCAUUCCCGACUGGGACGACGGGGAAGAUGCCAUCGAAGACAGUGAUGAGUCUGAAAAGGAAGCUAUACGACGCAAGUCGAAAAGGGCACCAGCGAAGCGACAGUAUUAUCGGGCCGGGGCGGCAAUGGGCUUCAGGCCUGAAAUAUUCAGAAAGGUGAAUUGCGAAUAG